AAAAAAAAAAAGGAAAGAAAAAAGUCAAAGCUCAAACCGAUUGGAAAGAAAGAACGAAGAACUCUCCAUCUCCACUUCUCUACGAAUUCAUAUCAACUGCAAAACAGACAGCCGGCAAGAGAUCCAACUAUGGGGUUCUUCACCCUGUCCGUCGCCGGCGGUGGUUUUCUUCUCAUCGGCGCCUGGGAGGCACUCUCUUCCUUGAAUUCCAUUGCCAAUUCAAAUCCAGACGCAUCUUCCUCUUCUCUCAACACCGUCCAAACCCCAUCUCAAUCUCCACACUCAACCGCCAAAACCGCCCCUUCUUCAUCCUCUCUCUCCUUCAUCUUCGCCUUUCUUCUCUCAUUUCUCGUCAUCUUAAACUCCCUCGUUUCAUUUUUUGACGCUGUCAAUUCCAGCGACCGAGUCGGUUCCACCCUCCAGUUACCAGUUCUGGCCAUUGCUUCUCUCUUCUUGCUCUAUUCCAUACUCGGUCUUUUGGUCAAUCUCAAGGCUUCACUUCACCUUCCCUCCACAAUCCUUAGUUUAAUUGCGCUAUUCGCUUUUGUGGAAGAGUUUUUGUUGUUCUACCUCCAGAGGAAAGACACUAGUGGAAUCGAGAAUCGGUAUUUUGAUCUCUUGCUUGUUCCCAUUACGAUUUGUGUUAUCUCUACAAUGUUCGAAUUGAAAUCCCCCAAAUUGAGUUCUCCCAAAAUUGUUCGUGGGGUUGGGUUGAUUCUGCAGGGGACUUGGUUUUUACAAAUGGGGUUGUCUUUUUGCACCAAUUUGAUAACUGAUGGGUGCUCUCUGCACGAAAAGAGCAGAGGAAAUUACACUAUAAAAUGCAAGGGACACCCUGAAUAUCACAGAGCCAGAGCGAUUGCUACGCUUCAGUUCAAUUGCCAUCUUGCCCUUCUAGUGGUUUUGGUGAUUGGUGUAUAUUCAAUCAUCAUUCACAGAAAUGGAGGCGCCGGUGAUUUUUUGCAUUACCGCCCGAUUGGGGCGGAGAUGCAGCCAUUUGGGUUUCAGGGUCAGUUCACUUUGGAUUCUGAUGAUGAUCUUGGUGAAGAGAGCAACUUGGGGAAGACAAAGCAAGCGGUGAUCAAUGUGAAUGGUCACGAUGCUCAUCAAUGAGGUAAAUUCCAUCGGAAAUCGAACAGGGAAUGUAAACUUACGUUUAUAAUUGUUUGAAUAUGGUUAGUUUAGACUGCAGAUGUUGUGAUUAACUUGUAUUGAUAUGCCCUCUCAGCGGCACUGAUUUGGUUUUUGUUUUAUAUUGACCAAGAAAUAGAAAGAAGUUUUGCUGAUCC